CAAUUCAGUAUAUAUACUCGUGAAUAUUGAAUGAGGACAAACACUCGUUACUUGAAUAUUUCAAAGAAAACUGUGUUGUGUAAAAUGAAGAUUCAAUUUAAAAUUAUUAUUGUAUUGUUGAGCAUAUCUGCUGUUUUUGCUGGUUCUGCCGAAGAGUCAGAGUGUGCAACACCAGAACCGAAAAAGGUAUGUACGGGAGGUCCAAAUGAUGGAUGGACAAAUUGUGGUUCAGCAUGUCCAUUGACUUGUGAAAAACCAGUAGCAGGAGUUUGCACAAAGCAAUGUAUAUUAAAUACAUGUCAAUGUCAAAAUGGGACAGUUCGUGCAAGCGAUGGACAAUGUAUCAAAGCCAGUGAUUGUUCAUGGUAUGAAAAAAAAAUAAAUUGUACAGAAAAUGAAAAAUGUACAGCAAAAUGUACAGGAGGUGUUUAUGAUAAAUGCACUCUUUGUGGAACAGCAUGUCCGUUAACAUGUGAUAAGCCAAAAGUAGAUGUUUGCACUUUGCAAUGCAAGGUCAAUGUAUGUGAAUGUCAAUCUGGUACUGUUCGUGAUACAAAAACUGGACAGUGCGUUAAACCUGACCAAUGUCCUCCACCAAAAGUUAAUUGUACCGGUGGUCCAUAUGAUGAAUACACAAAUUGUGGUUCUUCAUGUCCCUUGACUUGUGACAAACCUAAACGUGUAGAUGUUUGUCUAGCUGUUUGUGUUCCAAAUACCUGUGAAUGUAAAUCUCCAUACAUUCGUGAUACAAAAUCUGGACAGUGCGUUAAACCUGAUCAAUGUCCUCCACCAAAAGCUAAUUGUACUGGUGGUCCAUAUGAUGAAUACACAGAUUGUGGUUCUCUAUGUCCUCCAACUUGUGACAAACCUGAAGGAGGUAUCUGUGCAGCUGUUUGUGUUCCAAAUACUUGUAAAUGUAAAUCUCCAUAUAUUCGUGAUACAAAAACUGGACAGUGUGUUAAACCUGAUCAAUGUCCUCCACCAAAAGCUAAUUGUACCGGUGGUCCACAUGAUAAAUACACAAAUUGUGGUUCUCCAUGUCCCCCAAGUUGUGACAAACCUCAAGGAGGUAUCUGUGCAGCUGUUUGUGUCGAAAAUACUUGUCAAUGUGAAUCCCCAUAUAUUCGUGAUACAAAAUCUGGACAGUGCGUGAAACCUGAUCAAUGUCCUCAUAGCCCUGAAUGUUCAACAAAAUGCAAAGGUGGUCCACAUGAUCACUGUAAAAGUUGUGGUACCAAGUGUCCAGCAACUUGCAAAACUCCUUAUCCACAAUCUUGUGUAGAGGUAUGUGUUAAAGAUGUUUGUCAAUGUGAUGAUGGCUGGGUACGUAAUUUGGAUGGUAAAUGCAUCAAGCUCGAUCAAUGUCCAACAAAUACAAAUACUACUGAGCCUUGUGAAACCAGUACAACCACAAAGGCACCAACUGAUAGUGGCUGGUAAUAGUUCAAAAAUAAAUGGCUAUAAAAAAAAUAAUCAUAUAAAAAAAAUUGAUAUAAUUCAAAGAAAUUAUUUAUAUGAAAAUAAAAAGAAAAAAAAAUUAAAGCCAUUAUCUAAGCGAAGAAGAAAAAAAUCCACACAGAUAUUAAAAUAAAUUUAAAUAUAAAUUGUGAUGUAAUUAAACUGCCUGUGGUAAUCAUAAUAUAAAUAAUACAUUUUUUUAAAAAUUA